AAACAUCCCUUCCCCUUCCACGACUCUCUCAUUGGUGGCUCUCCAUGCGCGUUCAAUUACUCGCUCACACUGCAUCAGAAUUAACAGGAGAAUACAGCGUUCACCAAGGAAGCCGAGCUGAUAUUUCCUGUGUUUACAUAUCCUGCAUUUAUUUAUUAACUUAUUUCUAUUUAACUGUUUUGUAUCCAUCGUGAUCGUCCAGAUCAUUUUUAAGUGGUUGUAAUUGAUUUGAAAUGGAAGAAAGAUGUCGUCCAAUGUUGCUGUGCAGUGUUCUUGCUCUGUUCUGUGCGCUGGUGUCCUCAGCUGUGGACAGACAGUAUCUCAACGAAUGGGCGGUGGAGAUUCCAGGAGGACGCGACAAUGCCCGAUCCAUCGCCGACGAGUUCGGCUACGAAUUAGUCCGGCAGAUUGGGGCGCUGGAAAACCAUUAUUUAUUCAAGCGGCACAGUCACCCUAGCAGGACCAAAAGAAGUGCGGAUCAUAUCACCAAACGUCUGUCAGAAGAUGACAGGGUGUCCUGGGCUGAACAGCAGUAUGAGAAACGGAGGGCCAAACGUGCUCCAUUGGGGACUGAAUGUAAGGAUUGCUCAGUGGACAAACUUUUCGACGACCCCAUGUGGAACCAACAGUGGUAUCUGCAAGACACCCGAACGUCAUCAUCCCUGCCCAAACUGGACCUGCACGUGAUCCCGGUCUGGAAGAAAGGCAUUACGGGCAAAGGAGUGGUCAUCACCGUACUGGAUGAUGGCCUCGAGUGGAACCACACCGAUAUUUACCCUAACUAUGAUCCUGCUGCUAGCUAUGAUUUUAACGACAACGAUCCCGAUCCCUUUCCCAGAUAUGACUCCACCAAUGAAAACAAGCAUGGAACCAGAUGUGCUGGAGAGAUUGCCAUGCAAGCAGACAACAAUAAAUGUGGUGUUGGAGUGGCCUACAACUCCAAAGUGGGAGGGAUACGAAUGCUGGAUGGAAUUGUGACAGAUGCCAUUGAAGCCAGUUCCAUCGGCUUUAACCCUGAUCAUGUUGACAUCUACAGUGCUAGCUGGGGCCCUAAUGAUGACGGGAAGACCGUGGAGGGGCCCGGGCGUCUGGCCCAGAAAGCUUUUGAGUAUGGUAUCCAGAAGGGUCGUGGUGGGAAGGGCUCCAUUUUCGUCUGGGCAUCUGGUAAUGGUGGUCGUCAGGGCGACAACUGUGACUGUGAUGGAUACACAGACAGUCUGUACACCAUCUCCAUCAGCAGCGCGUCCCAGCAGGGUUUGUCUCCCUGGUAUGCAGAGAAAUGCUCUUCUACACUGGCCACGGCCUACAGCAGCGGAGACUACACCGACCAGAGAAUAACUAGUGCCGAUUUGCACAAUGAAUGCACAGAAACACACACUGGCACAUCUGCAUCUGCCCCAUUGGCUGCUGGGAUAUUUGCACUGGCUUUGGAGCAAAAUCCUGAUCUGACCUGGCGAGAUCUUCAGCACUUGGUGGUUUGGACGUCUGAGUUUGAUCCCUUGGCUAAUAACCCAGGCUGGAAAAGGAAUGGAGCUGGAUUGAUGGUCAACAGUCGGUUUGGGUUUGGUCUCCUGAAUGCUAAAGCCUUAGUAGACCUGGCCGAUCCCAAAGUCUGGAAGCACGUUCCAGAGAAGAAACAGUGCAUCGUCAGAGACGAGACGUUCCAACCAAGACCAUUGAAGGCUGCAGGUGAGAUAGCCAUUGAGAUCCCCACCAAGGCUUGCGCAGGACAGGCGAACUCUAUUGCAUCUUUGGAGCAUGUCCAGGUGGAGGUCAGCAUUGAGUACACAAGGAGAGGAGACCUCCACAUCACACUGACGUCUCCAUCAGGUACCACUACAGUCCUCCUGGCGGAGAGAGAGAGGGACACGUCAUCCAAUGGUUUCCGAAACUGGGCUUUCAUGUCUGUGCACACCUGGGGAGAAAACCCCACCGGGACUUGGACACUGAAGAUUACAGAUACGUCUGGACGGAUGGAGAAUGAGGGUCAGAUUAUCAGCUGGAAGCUGAUUUUGCACGGGACGUCUGAGAAGCCAGAGCACAUGAAGAAGGCGAGGAUUUAUACACCCUACAAUGCCGUUCAAAACGAUCGCAGAGGAGUGGAACCGAUGGAAGACAUGAUCAAGCAGGAAGCUCCGACUCCAGCUCACAAACCUGAAAUUUCAAGUCCAGUGGUCCCAGACUCACUCCCAUCCACUGCUUCCAUCAGUGUCCCUGAAGAAAAUCCAAAAUCUCCAGGCUCCUCCAAUGGCAAUCUGGCCCUGCUGCGCCUCCUCCAGUCAGCCUUCAACAGGCAAACCCCGGCAGUUCCUCAGCACGCCCUAGUAGUUCCUCCAUCACCUCCCAAGACCUUUCAGCCCGAGAGGAUCCCCCCGCAGAAGCUGUAUCAGGCCCUCGACCAGCUAAACCGCUACAGGGGCUCAGAGAACGGCCUGUUCAGUGACUACAGCGACAACUUCUACAGAGCCCAACCGUACAGGCACAGAGACGACCGACUGCUGCAGGCGCUGUUUGACAUGCUCGGAGACGACCAGCAGUGAGACAAGAAGAGGGAAAGACAGGAAGAGUAGGUAAAAGAAGCUGGAUGCCCUGCUGAAAAGACCAGCUUAGGGUUCCCAUGGUGUUAAACUGGUCUUGGUGGUUAAACUACAUCUAAAACUAGCUGCUACGCUAGUCUUUUCAGCAGGGCGAAGGGGCAAGAAAGGAAGUAAGCUGGUACGUAGAAGAACUUGACACGACUAGAGUUGAUGGGAUGAAAUAAGAUGCGUUUUGUUCUCUUCCAGACAAGCUUGUUUUUAUCUGCACAUGUAGUUAUCAACUAUAAGCAUUCUACGGCCUGUGUCUGUCAGUGUGAGUGUUUGUAUAUCUGUGGUGAACAGCCAGCUGUAUUUAUCCCUCAGUUUUGAACCAGGUUGCUAAGAUUUAAAACCAAUGACAGGACCAAUUAUGGCGUCUCGUGCCCUUUGCCCUCUUGAUGAUUUUUCUCAUGUUGCCUUCACUGCCACCAACUUCUGCAUGCUAUAAAGCGUUUACAUUAGGAUGUUAUGAGAAUAUUCUAUUAUGAAGACGAUGAUUGUAAAUUGUAGCAAUUUGUGAAAGUGUCAAUCUUCGCAGAAUCAGUCCGACUUUAAAGAGACAGUUCACCUAAAAAUGAAAAAUCCCUCAUGUCUUUCUAAACCUGUAUGUGUUUCUUUUUCUGCUGAACACUAAAGAAGAUAUUUUGAAAAAUGUUGGAAACCAAACAGUUUUGGGUCCCAUUGACUUCUGUAGUCUAAAUGGCAACAUUUUUUAAAACGAAAGUCAUACAGGUUUGGAAUGAUGUUAAAGUAAGUAAAUGUAUUUUUCAUUUUUGAGUGGUCUGUCCCUUUAAGUUGAUGUGAAAUCAAAUCUGACCUGAUUUAUUUUCUCAAUUCGUGAGUGCACGUUAUUCCAAAUAAAUGUUUGUCUUAAUAUUUUAACAAAAUAUGACUUGCUCUCAGCCUUUAAAAUGACUUGCCUGUUUGACUGAUGUCAAAAAAUUCUUUUCAUUUUCAGUGGUUUGUAACACCCACUUUUCACAAUUCAAAUAGAUACUUAAAAUAGUGUGUUAUUCUAGAGCAGGGUUUCCCAACUGGGGUUUGUGGACCUCUAGAGGUCAAUGAUGGAACUACAGGGAGUCUGUGAGAUACCAAUGCCAAAUGAAAGGUGAACUAAGGUACUUUAUAUGUAGAGAAAAUUGCACUUAAAAUGAUGUAUACUCACUGUUUUAUUCUAAACUGGCUAAGAUGAUAUUGAUUACAAUUAGUGCUGUUAAAUCGAUUAAUCGUGAUUAAAUGCAUCCAGAAUAAAAGUUUGUUUACAUAUGUGCGUGUGCAUAUUUAUAUGUAUAUAUAAAUAUAUAAACAUACAUGGAUAUAUUUGAGAAAUAAAUGUAACAUAUAUUUAUAUUUAUAUAUAAUAUAAAUCAAAUAGAAAUAUGAAUACAUAUAUACAUGCAAAUAUUUCUUAAAUAUAUACAUGUACAUUUGUGUAUUUAUAUAUACAUAUAAACACAUAUAAGCACAUGCACAUAUAUUAUGUAAACACAGACUUUUAUUUUGGAUGCGAUUAAUCGCGAUUAAUCGAUUUGACAGCACUAAUUGCAAUAGUUAAUAUAUGUAUUUGAUAGUUAAGGUAAUAAUUAUGUAUUGUAGAUUAACAGUGUUUGUCUAAAAUUCUGUAAGAAGAAAUUACAGCUUCAUCUUAAUUUGCUACAAGGUUAAUAUUAACUAAAACUAAACCACUGAAAGACAUUAUUCGUUAUUUCAACCAAAGACCUUUUUAUUACUUAAAAUAAGAAAUUUUAACUGUAAUUAAAUAGAUGAAAACAAAGAUAUUUUUCUUUGAUUUCAGCUGGCAACAUUUCUCAUUUUCAUUUAGUUUAAAUUGAAGCACUGAAAUAACUAAAACAAACUAAACUAAAACUAAUAAAUAAAAAUGAAAAAAAAAAAACAUGAAUAAAAAUGACAAACACAACAAAAUAACUAAGACUUUCAAAAUAAUGUAAAAACUUUAAAGUAUAUAUAUAAAAAUGAAUAUAACAAUCAGUGAUACUAAAAUAACACUGUUUUGCUCACAAUUAGUGCUGUCAAAUCGAUUAAUCAUGAUUAAUCGCAUACAAACUGAAAGUUUGUGUUUACAUAAUAUAUGUGCAUAUGUUUAUUUGUUUGUAUUCAUAUAUGAAUACACAAACAUACAUGUGUACUUUUAUUUAGGAUGUGAUUAAUUGCGAUUAAUCGAUUUAACAGCACUACUAACAAUAUAUUUUUAUUUUAUUAAAUUCAAUCAUUUUUAAUUUAUUUUUUGUUUAUUCCAAACAUAGUCCAAAAAAUUUUAAAAAUGAGGAAAAUGAUCAGUUAUAAAUAGAAAAAUUUGUCAUUUAAUUAGUGUUGUCAAAUGAUUAAUCACGAUUAAUCGCAUCUGUGUAUAUACUGUGUAUAUUUAUUAUUAAUAUAUAAUAUAUUUAUUAUUAAUAUAUAAUAUAUAUAAUAUAUAAUUUUGAAAAUAUUUACAUGUAUUUACAUGUAUAUAUUUAUAUUCAUAUAAUUGAUAUUAUAUACAUAUAAAUAUUUUUAAUAUAUAAACAACAUUUUUCUUAAAUAUAUGUACAUUCACGUAUGUGUAUUUAUAUAUACAUAAAUACGCACAGUACACACACAUAUUAUGUAAACAAAAACUUUUAUUUUGGAUGCGAUUAAUCGCAGCACUACACUAAAUGUAUAUCUAGUAUUAUUAGUAAAUAUUUGAAGAAGUUAAACAUUACUUAACAUCUCAGGUAAUUCCAGUAAACAAUUUAGGUUAUUUUAGGUGGUUUAGCUGACAAAAAAGCCCUGGGAAACCCUGUGUAUAGACUUAAAGGACAUCGGUAACACCUGGUUCCACUACUGAGUGCUUAUAUUUCACCGUAACGCUCAGGAUGACAGUGUUUAGAAAACUAUCGUUCAGUAAACUGUAGAAUACCGAGGACAUAUACCUGUGGGACACCUUGAAGCCUACAUCUCUCUGCCCUUUUUUUGCACAACUUUUACCAUGUACCUCUCCCCUGCUCUCUCUAGAAACACGUGCUUUGAAAAUAAUAAUCUCUAAAUAGCUCAUAAUAUAGAAAUAAUUAUGAUUUUAGCACUCAUAAAAAAGAGAAUUGUACAUCCCAGGAAACUAUGUAUCAACUGAUUUUAUAUUCAAAAUUCAUAAAACAAAGAUAAAGUUUUAUUUUUCUAAGAGUUCAUAGUUUAUGAGAGUUAAGAGAAGUAAUAUCUAUAUAGAACCCUAAUAUAUUAUAUCGCCAUUUACCUCAUAAGCCUAAAUCGCAAUUCUGUCUCUUAUGUGAUGUUGUACUUUUAACCUGAUUUCCAAUAAACUCUAUCCAGCUGUUGUGAUGAUGCUCUGAAAGGGAUUGUCUGUGAUUUGCAUUUGUAAAACAGGCUUGAAUGUUCCUGCUCUGUUCUAUUUACAGGUUAUCCGAUGUUAAAUUAACUAAGUUUGAGUGCAAAACGUAAAUUAGAAACCACAUUUAUGUUUGUAUUUUUUAAACAUAUAAUCUGAAAUUACUGGAAAUACCAGUUUGUAAAAAGAAAUGACUUAAUAAAUGUUUGUCAUGGUUCAGCACA